AUGUCGAGCAUCGUCAGUGGACAGCAUUCUGGGUUUAGUGCUGGUUCGGGCGCGGGAAACGGCAAUUUCGAUCUCCUGCGAAGGGCAACCCACGCCGUGAUGAGUUGUCUUGACUUUUACCACGUGCUCCGAGAGAGAAAGAGAGAGAAGAAAAAAGCCUCGUGUAAACCUUCCAUCACCCCGCUCGCGUACUUCCCUGCCUACCUACUUGACAAUACUGAGUUGGCACUCAAGUUCUAUCUGCGUUGGCUUUCCCAACGAAGCAUCCGUCGCAAGUGCUUUGCUCAACCAAACAUAAGCCUGUCACCACAGCUCAGGGCACAUCAUAAAAAUGAACAAAAGUUCAGACAAUGGAGGCCGGUUGAAGCAGCCGGUUACAGCGCACUGGUCAAGAAUUCUCGGGAUCUUCGCUCCGGCUUAGAGCCACUAAAUGCAGCUGCUUUGCGUUGCCAGCCGCUUCGGUAUGCAUCCAACCGAGCCGCCGGCCUGUCCAGCCUCGCACUAAGUGGUGAUGGGGAUUUUGAGGGCAAAAUAAUCUCGAAACAACCUCGCUCCAUCUUUGGCAUCAACGUCAUCAUAGCCCCAGAAUUAAUGUCCACUGAUACCCCUCCGUCAUGGUGUGCCCCGGUCGAGUCAGCUUAG